AUGCCUUAAACAAGAGGGUCUGCUCAAAUGCAGUUGACUUAAAAGGAAGUAAAUGAUUUUUUCAAGGAAAAAUUCGGAAGGAUAAAGUCUGAUCUACUAGACUCUUGGUUAGAGAUGGAUGCAGAGCAACUAAUUUAGGAGUGCAACAAGUUUAAUUUAAAGUCGAGCACUCGUCAUAUUGAGAACAUACAGGUGUUGUUCGAUUUUGUAAAGAAAUUUGAGAAAGAGAUCCAAGACCCUAAAAAAUUAGGAAGCCAGUAGAUGUAAUAGAAAAGAUAAGAGAAUGCUAAAAUAAGAGGUGAUGAUAGUGCUGCUGAAGCAGGGAGCAGACACAUUAAUUAAAUAGAGGAAGAAAGGAGAAAAGAUAACUUGUUCUUCAAAAGUAAAUAGCAACACACAAGAAUGACGAGCUAAGCUGCCGGGGAAUAUCCACAUACUAUCUAGUUCAAUAAUAAUAGCUCUAACGUGAACAUUGAAAAAAGUUAUUUGCAAUCAAGUUAGAAUAAAGAUGUGUAAAAGGCAAAAGAAAGUCUCAAUGAGCAGGUUAUGAAGAUAUUGAAUAAGAGAAGAAAAAAUGCAGACCUAGCUCUAAACUAGGCUCAAUAAGUUUAGAAAAGCCAAAAGUAGGUUUAGAGUGAUGGCACCGGAUAUGCUGCUUAAUCAGAUAUGGGCUAAUCUAAUAGUUAAUAAAAGGAAUAUAUUCCAGUAUAAAAUCCAUUCAAAUAUACAAAUGAUAAACUUUUGAGAGCACUUUAAAGAAGAGGUGACCUGAGUGUGAAAUAUUUCUAGCCAGUCCAGUUUAAUCUUGAGAAUCCUAAGAUGAUUGAUCAGGUGUUUGGAAUGACUAAUGAUUAGAUCGAGGACAGAUUCUAAAAACUAUCAAAUAAUCCAGCAGAUGCAAUGAUUUCUCAGAUGGGACUUACUCUUGCGGAAUAUCAAGCUAUGUAGGGAAUCAUUAAAAAGAAGGUAAUCAUGAAUAUUGAGGGAAUCAGUCAAUAAUUUACUUUAAACCCUAACAUAAUAGUCAACAAUAACAAGAUAUUGUAGCUGGAUUACAUCAAUGAAAACUUUAAUAUUUUAAAUGAAGCUUCUAAGGAGAAAUUGAGAACUUUUAUAGAUAAAAUCUUUAAUGACUAGACAAUAAGACUAAAAUACCUUAAGGACUAUAAUAAAGGCCUUGAUCUUUGUUAAGCUCUAUAAAACUUAAAGCCAAAUGGGGAGGAAGCUUAUAAGGCUAUUAUUUUAGAGGACUAUCUUUACAGAAACGAUUCCAUAUAUAAUGAAUUCAACUUAGAUAAAGCAUCAAAUAUUGCAAGAGUUAUUAAUUAUGUUGAUGAUAGCAAGCACAUUAACUUGAUCUCAUAGUUUAAAAAUCAUCUAACAAAGAGCAAGGAUCAAUUCCAUAACUAGUUAAAGAAAAUUCUGAGUAAAAAGUCUGUUGGAGAGUUGAGUUUCUAGAAUAAGCUAAACAUCUUGCAGGCUCUUCCGAAAGUUGAAGACGACACACCUAAUGUAACUAAAUCUCCAUAAUACACACUACUCAACGAUAUACUGGCAAAUGAUAAUAGCCUAUACUGGGAAAAUAUUGAUAAAAAAGAAAUGAUGCAAGUUAUUGACAAGGCGCAAGAAUUACUUAAAUGUAGAGAUAUUCAAAACAGACUUAAAUCUAGUUUAAUGCAAAUUAGAAGCUCUAUGCUGAACAUUGAUGAGAUUAACGAACUACUCUUAAAGUUAACUGAAGGGGAUAAGAUGGGUUAAAUUGAUUCUAGAUUCAUUACAAAUAUCCUUUUAAAGAAAAAUAUAAAAACUUUGAUGUAUAUUCCAAGCGCUAAUGAAAUCGGUAAACAUAUCAGAUUCCUUGAAAUUAUUUACGAAAAAGCACCGCUGACAUUUAUAUCAAUGCACCAAGAGUUAAAACAUCUAUAUUAUAGAUUAGAUGAGCUACAGAAAGAUCAAUACCUUAAGAUAGAAGAUAUGGUAAAACUAGCUAAAUUUAUGAUUCCUUCACUUUACCAACCUGACUUAAUGUUUGAGGUAAUGAUCCAAAAGAAUACAAUAGCUCUAGGAAAGGAUGGAAAGCUUUAUGAAAAGCCUUAGACAUUCAGAGACGCUGAUAUGAAAGAUCUAUAUUAGUUAAUAUUUGAAUCAAUUAAGAGAAUGGAGGAAAACACUAAUAGUUUUGAGCAUUUGCAGUUAUCCCAGUCAAGAUUCCACAAAUAGUUUAGACCAUUCAAGGGAAAGACCUUAUCUUUCUGGUGGAAAGUAUUGGAUGAUUUUAUACUUGAAAAUAAAGAGAAUCGUCUUAACAAUGAUGAGCUUAAGAUUAUUAAUAAACUUCUCUCAAAUGAAAAAAUCUUCAGCAUUCUAUUUACUGACUCUGAAGUUGCUAAGAAUGUUAUAACUAAAACUCUAUAACUUUAAAAAAAGAAUUUUUAAGAGGAAAAGCAAAAAGGGUUUAAGGCGUACUCUUUCAUUACAUAGGAUAAACUAAGCUAAGAAUUCACAGAUAGAAUCUAGUCACUUAAAGCUCUUACAAACAUGAUUAAUUUGUUUAACCAAAAGGAUAUUGUUGUCAGUGUAAAUGAGGCAGCCAGUGAAAUAUUUAGUGAACUUAAUGAUUUAAUUACUAGGACAUCAGAAUUUAAGCUUGAAGAUGUAUUUUAAGUAAAUAAAGCUGCUCUAGAAUACCUUCAAAAACAUAAAGAGGUUUCAGGGGAAUCAAAUAGACAGUUGAAUAAUAAAUAUGAAAAAGAGUUGCAUCCAUUAAAAGAGAUUGUUAUGAGCUCAAUAGAAUAUCAUUAUGACAGUAAAAAGCCUUAAAUUUAAAAUUUUGAUAAAAUCAAUAAGAAAGAAGAAAUCUCUAAGAAAAUAACUGACGAAACUAACAAGUUCUUAAUUGAUUUAAAUAUUCCAAGCAUCAUAACAUUCUUGAAUUUAGUUAGCUUUGAGAAUGGAAAGCAUAUCACUUAAAAGGUUUUAGAUUAAAUGAUAAGUGGAAGAUCUUUAGUAGGUAAUGACCUCUUAACUUUAAUAAAUUUGAUUGAAAAGCAUGGACUUAUUGAAGCCAACAAACAACUGAUGGUAAAUGUAGCUGCAAACCUGUAGACCAUUGAAAUACAGAAAAUAAAUAAUACUUAUGAAGAUCCAGUCUUUGAAAGUGUGAAUCAUCAGGCUUCAAAAAAGGAGCGAGAUAUUAAGACUAAAAUUAUAAAGAAAUAUUAGUAAAUCUUUUAGCACUCAAGCAAAGAAAUUGAGAAUGAAAAUCCUCUCAAUCAUGAGAAAAUCAUUCUAAGUCCAUUAAGUAAGUUAAUGGCAGAUGUCAUUGAGGAUAUGAGUGCAGAUGAAGUUAUGGAAUGCCUGAAAAUACUGGGAAACCAAAAAUUAGACAACUACCAUGAGGAUUUUAUCAAGUAACUUUAUGAGAAGUACUCUUCACAGCAAGUGAUUGAUGAGAUGUAUUCUAAUAAUCAAAAAUUCUUCUUUAAAUUUGCCAAGAGCUGGCCUAACUUCUUGAAAAACAAUGCAAUUUUGAAUAAGCUCCUAUCAAUUAAAGGUUCUUCUUCGCUACCAAAACAACAGUCUGAGAUCUUGGGAAUCUUGACUAGCUAGAAUAUAUUCCAUUAAGAAUUACUUGAGAUACACUUUGAUACCUUUAUAAAAAUGAAGGAUAAGGAAAGUGUGGCUAAUUACAUCAAAGAUUUCCUUCAUUACAGUUCCUACCUUGGUUACUCUUAGUUUGAUAUCUAGAAAUGCACUUAGGUGCUUAGAAGAAUAUAUCCUAAUCCAGAAUCUAUUCAAGAUGUUACAUUGAUACUUGAUUACUUAGUAGUUUUGGCUGUAUCUGGAGAUAGUUAUGAGGAAUUUGAUGAAAAAAGUAAAAAAUUUGUUGAGGCCUGCAUCGACUAUAUUGAUGAUAAAUUUACUGGAACUGAAACUAAAACAAUAAUAUAGUAAGAUCCCAUUACUGGGGAGGAAGAGAAGAUCAACAUUAAAUAUUUCAAAUCAAUCCAAAGCACAGACAGAGUAUAUCAAAAAGUUCAAGUGCCUACAAAAGUUGACGAUUUAGACUUCAAAUUUAUAAGAAACAUUUACGAUAACGAGAGACCUUCUCUGAUAUAAAAAGAUUUCGAUAUUUAGAAGUUAGAAAUACUGGGAGGUCCUGCCACUGAAGCAGCAUAGACUGAAGAGGGAAUUAUUGAAUAAGCUUCAGAAGAAGGUCCUUCUGAAUUUCUGAUGUUCGCUAAGGAAGGUGAGGAGGAUGAUUUUGGCAAAAAUCGAGUUUAAAAUGGCAGGAGUAGCAGUAGUGAUUCAGAUGACGAAUUAAAUACUUCAUAAAAAAGAUUCGACAGCAUAUCUAAAGAUUUGAUGCUGAAUUUCGAUUAAUUUGAAGAUGAUGAAAAGAGUUAAAAAAUUAAGCAAGAGUCUAAGAUUAAAAAUUUGAAUGUCUAUGACAGAAAAGCUAGCGAGUCCUAAAAGUCAGAAGAGUUUGAAUUCCAUCAGUACAGAAAAAGGAAAAUCGUUGAUUUAGACAAGAAAUCAAAGCAUCUGCUGCUAUUCUCAAACAUUAAUUAGAUGAACUUUGUGGACGUGAAUAAAAAUAAUAUUGUUAAGGCUUGGACUGUUUUGUAUCAUUUCAAGUCAAAGACUUUUGAUUCUGCGCUUUAUGACGAAUUCGAAUCAGUUGUUAUGAGAAAUUGUGUUGGAAAGGGAAAAGGCCAUGAAUGGUUUUCUAAGUUCUAUCUUAAGAUGGUAGAGAAGAGUUAUGACGCUGGAUAUAGACUUUAACUUGCCUAUAAGUGUCCUAAAACAGGCUGGCCAAUAGAUAUACAAAUGACCCUGAAGAGAGAAAAAGAUGCAAACUAUGCGUUGUAUUUCUUAUUACAAGAGGAGGUGUGUGUUGAUUCAAAAUCUAACAAAGAGGAGCCUUUAGGAAUAUAAAAACUGAUGCUUAAACAUAUGAAGAUGCUGAGUGAGAACUAGGUAGUUGUAAUAACUGAGAACAACUUCUACGCCAACAAGAAUGCCUAGAAUAACCUUAUUGAAUUCCUUCUUUAUAUCAGAAUUAAGAUUCCUAAAAACUCAGUAGUAGAUAUUGCUCCUACUCAGACAGAUGACCCUAUUCCUAAGGAAGCUUUAGCAAUAACUAUUGAGGAAGAUUUAAAAGAUUGA